AGAAUACCAUAGAGCAAGGAGACAUGAGAACUAGUACUCCUAUCCCAAUCGAGCACAGUGUGCAUAAACAUAACGCUAGGAUCAUGCUAGCUAAGUGUGCACAAGCUGGAGGGUCAAGAAGACUGCAUUCUAUAGUUAGGCCAUGGAGGUACCUCCAUGGUUAGGCAUAGCAUGGAAAUUUCCUCCACAUGUACAGUCCUACGUACGUACGGAUGAAGACGUAUUAUUGGGAUAGGACCCCAUAGCCACCGCGUACUGACACGAAGAAUCUAAGAAUUGAAUAAUUACUACAGGCCAACCCAGAACGAGGUGGUUCAAGAAUAAGGCAUGGUCGAGCACAGCCAAUCAGAAGAGUCUAAUCUAAAUACCCCGCCCGUAGUCCCAAACGGCAACGGUCAUGUCACGGAAAACAACAACCAAUGGCAAGAGACAUCACUCGAGGCCACGCCCACAAACCCAAUCAACCCAGCUGCUGCAAGUGAUGGUGGUUCUGCUGCCGCCCCGAGGUCAAAGUUCACUCUUCACCAAAAGAUCACCCUUCUUGGCGCAGCUUUGACCUCGUUCUCAACUUGGAGUUCCUACGCCGUCAUUGCAGUAUUCUUUCCGACAGUGGCUGAAGCGAAAGGAAUGUCGCAGACGUUCGUAGGACUUGUAUUUAGCUGCCACUUCAUCGCGUGUGGUAUUGGUGCACCGAUCUGGGGCAAAGUUCUGCCACAUUUCGGCGCCCGUUUCGUAUUUCUGGCGGGGGCAUUUGUCACCGGCGGCUGCAUCAUUCUGCUGGGCUUCGUUGUGGAUAUGCCUACAUUGGCAACCUUUACAGGUUUCACGUUUGCCAUACGGACCCUAGAAGGCCUUGGAACGUCCGCCUGCAAUACUGCUGUAGGUGCCAUUCUCACCUACACCUUCAUGGAUGAUGUCGGCGUUGCAACGAGUUUGAUGGAAACAGUCGUCGGUACGUCGUUUGCACUUGCGCCAGUAAUAGGUGGACUGUUUUAUAAUAUGGGUGGUUUCAAGGUCCCGUUCUUUGUUCUCGGCGGAUUUGUCUGGGCUUGUGUUGCUGGCAAUUACUUCGUGAUGCCGAAGAUUGGUAAGACUGUUUAACAAAUAUUUUACAUAUUUUUCUUCCCUAAAAGCAAAGGCGUCAUACGGAUCAUGUGACUAUCAGGGGUUAUUGUGAACAGUUUAUUUGCCUAUGACUACGCCCAUGACCACGCCCAUGACCACGCCCAUGACCACGACCACGCCCAGGACCAUGCCCACACGUACACAACGUCCAUGACCACGCCCGUAGCCUCAUGACCACGCUCAUUAACACAACCAUGAACAUACAAGUGACCAGCAUGAG